CAUUUCCAGUGCAUUUCAAGAUCAGAUUCUGCAUAUCCCUUCCUGUUUUGAGAAGCCCUGGAACAGUGUAUUGUGAAAGACUAUUGAGUGACUGACAGAGAGGAAAAGAAUUACAGACUUGGUUUCACAUUCCUCCAUGAUUUUACAAGCAUUCUGCACCUGAUCCCCGCCACAUCUCAUAAGAAGGGAGAACCUUGUCAUUUUGGGGGGUUUACCCCCCCCUUCUGAAAUCACCCUGCUCAUGGCUGAGACUAAAAUCAUCUACCAUAUAGAUGAAGAAGAAACUCCUUAUCUGGUGAAACUGCCUGUUCCUCCUGAAAAAGUGACCUUAGCAGAUUUCAAAAAUGUCCUCAGCAACAGACCUGUGCACAACUACAAAUUCUUCUUCAAAUCCAUGGACCAGGAUUUUGGGGUGGUCAAAGAAGAGAUCUCAGACGACAACGUCAAGCUCCCUUGUUUUAAUGGUAGAGUGGUAUCCUGGCUUGUUUUGGCAGAAAGCUCACACUCAGAUGGCGGAUCUCAGAGCACAGAAAGCCGCACAGAUCUUCCUGUACCCAUCGAGAGAACAGGGGGCAUCGGAGACUCCCGGCCACCGUCCUUCCACCCCAAUGCAGCCAGCAGUCGAGAUGGACUGGACAACGAGACAGUCACAGACUCUGUAGUGAGUCACAGGAGGGACCGACACCGACGGAAGAACAGGGAGACUCAUGAUGAUGUUACCAGGAUUAAUGGACACCCCAAACUGGAUCGGAUUCGGGACCCGGGAGGAUAUGACAGCGCGUCCACCGUGAUGAGCAGUGAGCUGGAGAGCAGUAGUUUUGUUGAUUCUGAUGAGGACAAUACAAGCAGGUUAAGUAGCUCUACCGAACAAAGCACAUCUUCCCGCCUUAUACGUAAACAUAAGAGGAGACGGAGGAAGCAAAAGAUGCGUCAGAUUGACAGGUCUUCAUCUUUAAGCAGUAUCACAGACUCCACCAUGUCGCUGAAUAUUAUCACAGUCACGCUAAAUAUGGAAAAAUACAACUUCUUAGGCAUUAGCAUUGUUGGGCAGAGCAAUGAUCGCGGCGACGGAGGAAUUUACAUUGGAUCGAUUAUGAAAGGAGGGGCUGUAGCAGCUGAUGGACGCAUUGAGCCUGGAGAUAUGUUACUACAGGUUAAUGAUGUCAACUUCGAGAACAUGAGUAAUGAUGACGCAGUGAGGGUCCUCCGGGAAAUAGUCUGCAAACCAGGCCCAAUUAGUUUGACCGUGGCAAAAUGUUGGGAUCCCACACCAAGGAGCUAUUUCACAAUUCCUCGGGCAGAACCUGUGAGGCCUAUUGACCCGGCUGCCUGGAUCACUCAUACCUCAGCCCUGACGGGAGCGUACCCCCGUUACGGUAUGAGCCCCUCCAUGAGCAUCAUCACAUGCACCAGCUCCUCAUUAACAAGCUCUAUACCCGAGUCGGAAAAAUUGGAGGAUUCCCCAUUGUCUGUCAAGAGUGACAUGGCUACAAUAGUAAAAGUAAUGCAGCUUCCAGAUUCAGGGCUGGAGAUCCGGGAUCGGAUGUGGUUGAAAAUUACAAUAUCGAAUGCAGUAAUAGGGGCUGAUGUGGUGGAUUGGCUGUACACGCACAUUGAAGGCUUCAAGGAGCGGAGGGAGGCCAGGAAAUAUGCCAGCAGCAUGCUAAAACAUGGCUACCUCAGACACACGGUCAACAAAAUCACCUUUUCCGAGCAGUGCUACUAUGUAUUUGGAGAUCUGUGUGGCAAUGUGGCGGCACUAAAUCUUAAUGAUGGCUCCAGUGGCACAUCUGAUCAGGAUACCCUUGCUCCCCUCCCACAUCCAGCUGCACCGUGGCCAUUAGGCCAGGGAUACUCUUAUCAAUAUCCUUUAGCACCAUCUUGCUUCCCUCCGACAUAUCAAGAGCCAGGAUUCAGCUAUGGUAGCGGCAGCGCAGGUAGCCAGCACAGUGAAGGAAGCAAAAGCAGCAGCUCCAGCCGGAGCCACCGAGAGGGAAAAAGAUCAUCUGGACGAGAGAAAGACCGAAAGUCCACCGGCAGUGGCAGUGGUUCAGACCGUGCGCCCCGCAGUGGAGGAAGCAGGAGCGAAAGGCCAGUGAGCCAACACAGUCAACAAAGUCAGAGCUCAGUAGCGAGAAGUGAACGCAGUCAUCGCAGCAGUCAUCAUUCCCAUGUUCCUUCAGGGCAUCCUCCUCAUUACAGCUUGCCAAAAAUUGGAAGCAAGUUAUGUGGCACUGGUGGCCCCCAAGCCGCUCUCCCGAACCGUGAGCUUGGCAACGUCCCCCCAGAACUUACUGGGAGUCGACAGUCCUUCCAAAAGGCCAUGGGAAACCCCUGUGAAUUCUUUGUGGACAUCAUGUGACAGUCAAAGUGCCUUCUGAGUCAGCCACCAGGCCAGCAAAGUAAUUGUAGGAAUGCCCAGAGAUACUGAGGAUCUCCACUGCCAUAGGAAGCCUCCAAGGGAUCGUCAUGGGAAAUGGUCAAAAUGCCCACUCAAAGAAUCCAUCACUACAUAUAAAGUCCUAGUUUGGGCAUUCAGAAUGAAGUGAAGAUGGAUCGAGUACCUCCAAAGCCAUGAAGUGUUGGCCAAAUAAGAGUUUUCUGAAGCUAUUGCUCUGUCUUAUUUUUCCAAAGGUUCCCUACAGAUGUUUUAGAUCCAUAAAUGAAAGCAAAGUUCCCUCUAAUCUACUACUAAAUAUAGAAAGUAAAAUACUACAGCCACUUCAAAUAACCAGUACUAUGAUGAUAUCUUGCAUUGCACAAGACGUUGAUUUUAAUCUUUCGUAUUAACGGAAUGAAGCACUUGGGAAUCCAAACAGUUCCUCAGUCUCUGCUCAAACUGCUCACAGGCUGGGCAGACAGUCUAUUUUCAACCUGUGAUUGUUUCCUACUAAUCCUGCAAACUACCAUAAACGAGAUGUACAGAGAAUCUGUGUAUAAGUAACACGUCCUAAUUUAAUGUUUUUAAUAUAUAUGUAUAUUGGUGUAUAUAGCAGUCUGAUAACAGAGCCCAGAGUUCUGAUAGGAUUUACAAAUGUCAUUGAAUUUUGUGUCUGCGUUCCUUCCAGCAGCCCAUAACUGCAUCUGUUUUAUUAGUAUAUCUUGUGAUUACUCAGAAACAAUAUGAAAUGUCUCGCCUAUGGUUUGACUGUACUAUGCUAGACUGUUAUGGAAACGAAAGAGACAUGUUUGCAGUUUUCCGAUCACACACAGACAUCUAGAUAUUUGUAAACUGACCUAACCUGAUAUAUUUACAAUUUUAGGAUUUUACUAAAGCCAUCUACAUUGGGAUUAGCGUAAAAAUAAUUCCAGUCCUACAUUGGCAUUUCGGGCUGAAUGAAUUUACUCUUUACCGAUGAAACUAUUUACCAGGUUUUUUGCUAAACUCCCAAUUACAAGGGCAAUUGUGUUAUUUCUGUUUUGCGUCUCAGGAAUAAUAAAGAAUUUGGGGGUUUAAUAAAAAAAAUUGUGAAAUUUACAGUUUAGUAAAUACAGUCUAAGAAAGUGUGUUGUUACAACGUUUUCUAACAAGCGGUGUAACACAGGACUUGAGAUAUCACGGGAGUCGAACUGACUCCUCAAAAUGUUACUACUGACUGCAUACAUUCUAUGGAUUUAAUUGUUGCUAGGCGUCUGAAAAAAAAACAAAUAUGCUGAUCCUGACUGCCGCCAUCGAUUGUAAUGAUACUGCUUGCAAACGUUCUGCAACCUCUUAGCGAGCGUUGUAUUUACCAGUCCUGGGGAGGCAGGCUGAAGUAAGCAGCUGGUCUACAUCAGCUGUAUGGUACCAGAUAAAGGGAAUUUUCCAGUAACGUGGCCCUGCUAUCAGAAUAUUUAUUUGCCUCAUCAGAUAGCACUUUAAAAACUGCCCAUACUUUGUGUUGAUGCAUUUUUCAUCAGAGGUUAUUUUAGGUUUUUUUAUAAAAAAAAAUAAAUUAAAAGUUUUUACAUAGCGUGAACUUCCUGAGAGAUAUGGUGGCUGCGGUGUGAGCAGGUAGAUUAAAACUGAUUUACCUCUUCUCUGCACAAAGGAAUGCUGGGAGCUAAACAGUUCUAGAUUCUGAUUGGUUGCUAGCAUCACAUAUUAUGUGUUAGUUGCUUUUUUUUUAACAGUAACUAUUAUUUAAGGUUUAAAGAUAGUGAUAAACAUCAAAGAUGGCUGCCCUCCGUUGACCAAAAGCACUUCAGCUUGCUGGACUGUUGUAGCGGAGAGCUGCUAUUACACAGGUUAUCUCCACUUUAGAUCCCAGUAAGGCUCAGGAACAAGUAUUAUAAAUCCAUACUGCGAUAAUUCCAGCAGGCAAAACAAUCCAACAAUAUCCCAACAUCAAUCCCAAUGACUGGACGGCACACAGCAUCAGGAGCAGAACUGACUUUUAAUUCACACAACUUCCUUAUAAAGCAUUCUCCCAUGCAAGGGAGGGAUUUGCAAUAAUUAUUACAGUAGCCAAUCAUCCACGAGUUGCCACCCACACAUCCCCUCCCCUUAGUGUGACACAUAAUCCCAUUACAAAGGACACAAAUUCCCUGAGUUUCUGGAUGUACCCCUAAACAUAGGGGUACCCCUUUAAAUGUUACAUCCCCUGGUAGCCCUGAUCUGGGUGAGACACAUAUCCAAAAAUCACCCAGAUCGGACCAGGGGUUCGGGAAAUUUAUGGAAGUACUAAAAUGACCGACCGCACUGGGCUUAACAGCCGAAAAGGGUUCCAUGUGUUUUGGCCCUGCGGUCGGUCACAGAAAAGGGAAUAUAACACACGAAUUACUUAUGUUAGGAGAGCUGGGGAGGUUUCGGGUAAUUUCCCUUGUUCGUGGGUUUCAAACUACCGAACGGGAAGCCGUUCGGUAGUUUGUAUACGAAUUGGCGGCAGUCUGGAGGUCUCAGCGGUGUUUGCCUAACCGAGUGUCCGAUUUGGGUUCCAGACACUCAACGGCAAAACGCCGCUGUUCGGGAGUUUAAAAUGGCCGCCGCCACGUGUUCGUCUCCCGAAUGGCGGCCACCCAGAGAGCAAAGAACCCACUACACAAAGCGCCAAUUAACCAUUUGCAAUAUUGUUGCGAACAGUAAUUGGAGGCACACUUACUCCUGGGGUGGUCUAAUUGUUCGGUAGUUUCACUCGCAUAGUAACUGGAGUGAUUUUACCGAACAAUCAGACGAAUGCUACAUACACUUCACAUAUACAGGUUACAAUUCAACCGAACACAUAGACAUAAAUGCAAUUUUUAGGACAGCCCAAUGCCACCCGCUACAACUGUUUUAGGGGUUUACAGUAUGUCCCACCCACGCUUGUUCAUAAAACUAAUUUCAAGACAAAACACAUUUUGGCUUUAUUCAGAUUGAUGUUCUUUAUGUGUGUGGAGUCUGUCAUUUUUUUUUUUUUUUUUAAGUUUAUACAAGUGCCAAUUUCAAUAGAAAUUGGCACUUUUAUAACUGGGACCAGAGACACUUCCCUGCUCGCCCCUUUAGACGGCCCGAGAGGUUUGCUUCUGUUGGCUCCACAGAAUUAACAGAAGUGGCAUGCUUGCUGGGCUAGAUAGCACUUGCCUUCCACUCUUCUCAAUGAGCUGUACUACAGGUUACUGAGAAACAUUAGAAAGCUCUGAUCACAUGUACACCCACACUCGUAGCUCCAGCACAGCGGUCUCUCUAUGAGAAGCCUCUGAUUGGUCAAUUCCCUAGCACAGACUCAAAGAGUGGAGGGUUUUCAAUCGCUGCAGAUUGUAGGUCUGCAGCUUUUGCAAGCUGUUUUUUUUAAUAUAUCCCUAAAGAAAAUCUGUAGGAAAAUUUGGAGGGGGUAUAUCUACUAAUUAGUUACAUUUGUAAUGGAGAUUGUUCCUUUAAUGCCU